ACGACCCGCUUUGUCAACAGGUUCAUUCGAAGUGUACGUUUGAAAUACUUUGACAAUACGAAUGUCGGAUGCGCGUCGACAUCAUUUGAUGAAGACCCUGAUUGGCAGGUAUCAUUGGCAGAUGACAUAGUGUAGUUGCUCCUCAUUGGCUUACGAAUGAUACACGAAAUAGAUAAAUAAAGACUACCGCAGCAGAGGAGCUUUUUCUUCCUUCGCAAGUAUUUUGGUUUUUUGUUGCAUGUAAUAAGGAGCAAUGGAUAUUGAUGAAACCGGUGGAUCGCGGAUGCCAGAUCAAAGGCUUCGUGAUCGCAUCAUUCAACGAUAUUCUGAGAAAUUGUAUCUUCUCGACAACAAUAAAGGCAAGAAGCAAGUGAAGUCUGAAAGUGUAUCGACCACCACCUUCACCGAGUCUGCAGAUGAUCAAGAGAGUCAGGACGCAUGUAGCGUCAACCAUGGGGCUAUCAAGUGCAAAUUUCUGUUCUUUUUCUUUUUCGGGGCAAGAGCGUCUCUCGAACCAUACCUUGCUGUAUAUUUCAAACAACUCGGGUUAACACCGUCUGAUAUCGGAGCAUUGUAUUCUGUAAGGCCUCUAUUAUCCUUACUAUUUUCACCAAUUUUCGGUUGGGUAGCUGAUCGUUACAAUGCCAGUAGAGUAAUUAUAUAUCCGUCGCUUUUAUCUUGGAGUAUAUUUGUGUUUGCAAUGGCAUUUAUACCUCAGCCACACCAUAUACCUUGUACCGAAGCACGAAAUACGUUUGAAGGCCUUUUUGGACAAAGUGCUCUGAAUGUAUGCUUACAUGAAUCGACCCUUGAUAAUUUCAAUAUAUAUUCACAUGGAAAUUAUUAUCCAAUGAAGAAAAAUAUAGAUAAUGAUUCUAUAGAACACUCUCUCUCCAAGCGAGAUUACAUGAGGUAUAAUCAUAUGUCGAACAGUAAUAUCACCUUGGUGAACCUUGCAGAUAAUAAUAUAGACCUAAACAUUACUAGUUUAAAUGGCACGGUUUAUCAAGAAUAUGGAACCACCCCAGGAACCCGUCCACAGGCUCAACCGUAUUUAGAAGAGCCAGAUUCUGUACUAUGCACUUCAAGUACUACUUGGCUGUAUAGUACCAGUGACUUGAAUAGAAUUUUCUUAAUCGCAAUGGGGUUGAAUAUAGUCGGUGAGGUUUUCCAAGCACCGGCUCCUGCUAUCAUGAACACGGCUAUAUUGAAUACUCUUGGAGAGGAAAACCAUCACCAGUUCGGUUAUCAACGAGCCUUUGGAAGUGCGUCUGCUGCGUUUAUGAAUAUAGUAUCAGGUUUAUUACUGGAUCUCCAUCGUCAACCUUACAACAUGUGCGGUAUGCAGCUGACCCACACAAACUAUAUGCCAAUCUUUAUAUUCUACUUGUUCCUUAUGACAAUGACGGUACCUGUUAUGUGCUUUUUUGAUAUACAGUCUAAUGAGGAAAAGAAGAAAAGUAGUUACGACAUCAAAGUUGUAUACAGAGGUUUAUGUAAUGUUCGCUAUGGAUUGGUUUUGUUUAUAUGUAUGUGGACCGGGUUGUGCAAUGGUUUAGUGAAAGCAUUCUCCUUCUGGUAUAUCGAAGCACUUGGUGGCUCGAGUUCCUUGGCAAGUUUGACGAACCUGGCUGCAACAUUCGCCAGUACUGCUGGUUUAUUAAUUAUGCCCAGGAUCAACGCUUCAUGCGGCUACAUCAAACCGAUAUUCAUUGGCUUAUUAUUCCAGGGCCUGAACUAUUUUGGAUAUGCAGUUAUGCAAAAUCCAUGGUGGGCAAUUCUACCAAACAUCAUAAAAG